AUGCUGUUCCCCGAUCGUACUGAAGCUAAAGUUCAUUUGCAGUAUCUACUCCUGUUGGAUAAUUGGCGGAGCGCUGGAGGCUACGCUUGGGGAGCAGCUAUUCUAGCCUACUUGUACCGUGAGAUGGGUAGGUCGGUUCUGCAUAUGACACAGUCAUCUUCCACAGGAGGUGACCUUGGUGGCUGGGUCGCCUUACUGCAGCUCUGGGCGUGA